UGGAACAAAAGUUCUUUAAUGGCAAACACCAUCCAAAAUAAACCCACCCACUGGUCCAUUCUUGCUCCCAAAAGCAACCCAAUAAUAUUCUUAUACCAACUAAUCCCUAUUUGUCACUCCCUUUCUUUUCCACACCUUUCACUAGUACCCAUGCACUGCUCAACAAAACACACAAAACAUAUUAUAACAUGGUAAUAUAGUUAGAUAUCUUCCACACCCACUGGCCUCUGGGGUCUAUAGCUGUCCCUCUUUGUUCGUCCGUCCGUCCGUCUGUGAGUUCCAAUGGAGAUUUCCGUGUUCAUGUACUUCAACCUUGUCUUCUCUUUGAUGUUGGUCGCUGCUGUUUUGGCAGUUGAUCCCUAUUCUGAGGCAUUAUUGAGCUUAAAAUCUGAGCUUGUAGAUGAAACCAAUAGUUUGAGUGAUUGGAAUGUGCCUUCUGGAGUGAACCCAUCUGAGAAAAUCUAUGCUUGUUCUUGGCCUGGUGUCACUUGUGACAAGAACUCAACUGUGAUCAUUGGUUUGGACCUCUCCAUGAAGAAUCUUGGUGGUGUCAUGUCAGGAAAGCAACUCAAUCUCUUCACAGAUCUUAUGGAUCUCAACAUCAGUUACAAUUCAAUCUCUGGGAAUCUUCCUGUUGGGAUCUUCAAUCUCACCAGUUUAAGAGGCCUAGAUAUCAGCAGAAACAAUUUUUCUGGCCACUUUCCUGGUGGAAUCUCCACCCUUCAACAAUUGCUUGUGUUGGAUGCCUUCAGUAACAGCUUCUCAGGCCCCUUGCCGGCCGAGAUUUCGCAGCUUCAAUCACUCAAAACACUCAAUUUAGCUGGGAGUUACUUCAGUGGACCAAUUCCAUCAGAAUAUGGUUCAUUCAAGAGCCUUGAAUUCAUUCAUCUAGCAGGCAAUUUUCUCAGUGGCAGCAUACCACCUGAAUUGGGCAAUCUCAAAACAGUGACACACAUGGAGAUUGGCUACAACACAUACCAAGGAAGCAUUCCAUGGCAAUUGGGUAACAUGAGUGAGCUUCAGUAUCUUGAUAUUGCUGGUGCAAACCUCUCUGGUUCAAUCCCAAAGUCACUCAGCAAUCUCACCAAGCUUCACUCACUUUUUCUCUUCAGAAACCAGCUCACUGGAUUGAUUCCCUGGGAGUUCAGCAAAAUCACACCUCUCACAAGCUUGGAUCUUUCUGAUAACCAAAUCUCUGGGCCUAUUCCUCAGAGCUUUUCAGAGCUGAAGAGUCUUGAACUGCUCAGUCUCAUGUACAAUGACAUGAAUGGCACUGUUCCUGAAGGCAUAGCAGAACUUCCAUCACUUGAAUCACUCUUCAUAUGGAACAAUUUCUUCACUGGCUCACUUCCAGAGAGCUUGGGGAGGCACUCAAAGCUCAAAUGGUUGGAUGUUUCAACAAACAAUUUCAUUGGUGGCAUUCCACCAGACAUAUGUGCAGGAGGGGUACUCUACAAAUUGAUUCUCUUCUCAAAUAAUUUUACUGGUGGGCUCUCUCCAUCUCUCUCCAAUUGUUCUUCUCUUGUUCGCCUCCGAAUCGAAGACAAUUCAUUUUCGGGUGAGAUUUCUUUGAAAUUUAGUCAACUCUUAGAUCUCACAUAUGUUGACCUGUCUAGAAAUAGGUUCACUGGUGGGAUUCCAAAUGAUAUAUCUCAAGCUUUUAAGCUUCAGUACUUCAAUGUGUCUAAUAAUCCAGAACUUGGAGGCACAAUCCCAGCAAAAACAUGGACUAUACCAUUACUUCAGAACUUCUCUGCCUCUUCUUGUAGUAUCUCAGAUAAUCUUCCUCCAUUCCAAUUCUGUGAAUUGAUCUCUGUGAUUGAAUUGAGCACGAACAAAUUAUCUGGAACUGUCCCAGAAAGCAUUUCCAAUUGUCAGGCUCUUGAGAGGAUUUAUUUAGCUCACAAUAAUUUAACAGGUCAUAUACCUGGAGAGCUUGCAGGCCUGCCUGCUCUUAGUGUAGUGGACCUUUCACACAACAAUUUCAGCGGCUCAAUACCGGUGAACUUCGGUAAUUCCUCAAGCCUAGUACUUCUAAAUGUGUCUUUCAAUGAUAUCUCUGGUUCAAUUCCUUCUGAAAAGACUUUUAGGAUAAUGGGUAGCAGUGCAUUUUCUGGAAAUCCUAAGUUAUGUGGAGUGCCUCUGCAACACUGUCCUAACUCCAAGGAGAUUCGAAAUGAAUUUGAUUUGGGAAGCAAAAGGACACAGAAGCUAGCAUGGGUUCUCAUACUAUGUGCAGCUGUGGUUUUGUUCAUCACAUGUUCAGCAUUUGGGAUUUUUUACUUCAGAAGGGAAAGUAAAGGCAAAUGGGAAAUGGUUUCUUUUAUUGGACUUCCUCAAUUUACUGCAAAUGAUGUUUUGAGAAGCCUCAAUUCAUUAGAAGUAGAGACAGUGCCACCAUUAUCAGGUUCAGUUUGCAAGGCUGUCAUGCCCACAGGAAUAACAGUUUCAGUGAAGAGGAUCGAAUGGGAUGCAAAGAAAUUGAAGAUUAUGUCGGAAUUCAUAAACCGGAUUGGGAAUGUGAGGCACAAGAAUCUGAUUAGAUUGCUGGGAUUUUGCUACAACAAGAAUCAGGCUUAUCUGCUGUAUGAUUACUUGCCUAAUGGAAAUUUGACUGAGAAGAUUAGAAUGAAGAGAGAUUGGGCAGCCAAGAAUAAGAUUGUGAUUGGAAUUGCAAGAGGACUCUGUUUCCUUCAUCAUGAUUGUUAUCCUGCAAUUUCCCAUGGAGAUUUAAAGACAAGUAGCAUCAUGUUCGACGAAAAUAUGGAACCCCAUUUGGCCGAAUAUGGGUUCAGAUUUCUCCAACAAAGGAAUAAAGUUCCAUUUCCAGCAAAAACAGGUGAAGUUAGCACUGCCAUAAAAGAGGAACUCUGCAUGGAUAUAUACAACUUUGGGGAGGUCAUACUUGAAAUCUUAACAAAUGGUAGGCUGACAAAUGCUGGAGAGAGUGUGCAGAGUAAACCAAGGGAGGUUGUUCUUAGAGAGAUUUACAAUGACAAUGAAGUUGGUUCUUCCAAUUCAUUCCAAGAGGAGAUAAAACAGGUUAUUGAUGUUGCUUUGCUCUGCACUAGAAGACGGUCCUCUGAUAGGCCAUCCAUGGAAGAAGCAUUGAAGCUUCUAUUGGGGCCAAAGCCACAAAAGAAAUAACACAACUUUUGAAGCAGGACCAUCAACAGAGAGAGAGAGAGAGAGAGAGAGAGAGAGAGAGAGAUAUAUAUAUAUAUAUAUAACAGGUAGCUUAGCUGAUAAGAGUGUCUGUUUGUGUUUCAUUUGGUUUAUAGCUUGUUUCUGUCAUAAUCAAAAGAACUGUGUUGAUGUAUAAUAGUGGCCUGUAUGUUUGUGUAUUCUUAAAGCAUCUUGUGGAAGAUCAAUAUUUAACUACUUUAUUCAUUUUGACA